CACUCUUGUUCAAACAAACUCCCUCCGAAGAUCUAGAACCACACCCCAGCCCUACGCCUAGCGCCGAUCUCCCGCAACGCCACGGAUCAGAACCCCACACCUCAACCACACCUGCACCUCCUCCAGGGUCCCGUCUCGACGAUGCCACCAACCCGUCUCACCCUCGCCCUCAACGCCUCCCAAACCAAACGCACACCCGUCAUCCUUCCCCCCAACGCCCCGCGCGACCCAGCCCUCCCAAACUCGUGCCAAGAGCUCCUCUUCAAAGCCGCGAAGGACAAGCUGCGCCUGAAGGGCAAGACCGCAAAAUGGCGUAUCUUCGUCGCCAGAAACGGGCUCGAAGUGCUCGGGAAAGAGGGGUGGGAGAGCGCAUUGGCUGAAGCAGAGACUAAAGAGAUAGUGCUGCUCAUCAGCGCUGGCGAAGACUAUGUUGGCAAGACAGCUUCGGCUUCAUCUUCGGUUCCCAAAGGUAAUGCGGAUUGUACAGUCGAGGUAUUAGCUAAGGCGGCCUUUGUUGACUCUGUCUCCCUCGAUCAGCUUAAUACUACCGCUCGCUCGCUCCCUGGCCUUGUUCAUGCUGUCGGGCAGCCGGACCUCCACCCCGGGACUAAAUUCCCUAUCGGUGCUGUGUUUGUGUCGCGCGGAUGGGUACAUCCACCGCUGAUCGGCGGGGACAUCGGGUGUGGAAUGGCGUGGUACAGGACCCGGCUGCAACGGCAUCAAGUCGAGGGUGAUCGCGGAAGGAAAGUUGCAGAGCGAUUGAGAAGAUUAGAGGGGGCGUGGCGUGACAAGGAACAGCGGGAGGCGUGGCUGAACUGGGAGAAGGAGAGCACGGCUGGGGAAGAAUGGGAUAAAGCACUAGGCACAAUUGGAGCCGGGAAUCACUUUGCAGAGAUACAGGUCGUGGAGGAGUGCGAGGCAUCAGGAAACCUGGAAGAAGGGGAGGUCAUAUUGCUGGUGCAUUCGGGGUCUCGAGGAUAUGGCGGCCAUGUCCUCAAGACUUUCACAGGCGACGGCGAGAGUCUGGAAGAGGGCACGGAGAAGAUGGAGGAGUACAUGCAGAUGCACGAUAGUGCGUGCCGGUGGGCGAAGGCGAAUAGGGACCUCAUCGCGCUACGCUUCCUCGCGUGUCUUGAGCCAGGCGAGGAAUCGUGGGUACUCGGGCGGAACGAGAACGACUCCGUGAACGACGACGACAUCACAGUCGCGAGAGCUAAUAUCCAAGAACGUAAGGUAGUGGAUAUCUGGCACAACAACGUCGAGAAGAUCCAAUGGCCUCCUAGCCCACCCUCACCCUCCUCUUCCCCAGAACCGCUCCCGACACCCUCGCACGCAUACAUCCACCGCAAAGGCGCCGCACCGACCUACAACGCCUCCACCCGCACUCCCCUUCCCCUUCCCCUACUCCCCCUCCCAGGCUCUCGCGCCACACCAACCCUCAUCCUCCGCCCCCUAUUCACCCCUGCCAACGCCUGGGGCGCCAAAAACGCCCUCUCCCUUGCCCACGGUGCCGGGCGCGCCAUGUCGCGCCACAAGGCCCUAGUCUCCUUAUCGCAGAAAUACAAGAACCCAGAGCUGCUGCUACAGCCCUCUGCAGCUUCCGAGGCACGUUCAAACAAGACUGCCGGCGAAGGGCAGUGGGCAGCCGGGAAGGAGGUGAAUGGUGGCACGUGGGUGGUGUGCGAGGACCGGGAGUUGGUGUGGGAAGAGGCGCCAGAGGCGUAUAAGGAUGUUUGGGAGGUUGGGGAGGACUUGGUGGACAGUGGGGUUGCGGAGAUCUUGGGGUGGUGUAGAGCGAGAGUUUGUUACAAGGUUAGGGACGAGGGGAAGUCGUGAGCUUGGUGGGAGUGCGGUAGGGUGGACUUGGCGUUUGAGAUGGGGUUUGGACGCACGUGAGGUAAUUCUAUGCUGAGCUGUCUGUGUUAUUUCAGGGGCUAUAAGAUGGAAGAAAAGUGAUACAGUACCAUAGGUUCUUGCCGGCAGUAAAGCUUUCAAUAUCCUCAUACCGCUCAGAAGCAGCAAUCUCAGCCAAGACAAGCAGAUAGCGUCGAGCAUACCUAGAGGCCAGCGCUUUGGGCAUAAAAAAGUGGCACGCUCAUCAAGUACCCUGCUCGUGUGUACACCUGUCUAGCACUGCUU